AGGAACGUGACAUGAUUGUAUUGUUGUUUGCAUUCGUUGACUACUGCGCACCUUGCGACGCCACAUCAUUGACGUUACUGAAGCGGUAGCUGCGUCGUAAUUUUCGAACUCGGGGGCCAUCAAAGCACAUACGCACAAAGUAGCUAUAGCAGUUCAUAAUUCAGCAGAAAUCUGCGUCAGUGCACUUGCAUAGCAAAAGGAGCUGUUCCAACUUUCAGCUGUUCAACCAGAGACCUUCAAACUGGUGGACACGGUUGAGGCGAUCGAAUGGCUACGAAAGGAGACGAUUGUUACUUCUAUUAUAAUACUGAAUGUCUGAAGGGUGACCAAUGCCCUUUCCGUCACGGUCAAGCUGCACUCGGUAACAACACUGUCUGUACAUUGUGGCUACAAGGAUCGUACUUUCGAUCAGCAUGUCCGUUCAGACAUAUGCAUAUCACUCCGUUGAAGAGUGAGUUGUCGUGUUGCUUUGAGAUUCAACCGAGUGGCUGCCUCAAGCCCAACUGUCCUUUCAAGCAUUUCAAGCUGAGAAAUGUGAGCACACUGGGAACGAGCUCGAUGCUGGUGAUGUCAACAACACAGCCAGUUGUUGCUGUCAGACCGUCUGUUCGUGCUUCUACCAACUUGGUUCAAGCACAGGACAAGGAGACGCCAAAUUUCCUUGGAGUUGUAAAGGAAGGGAUGACGUCUCUAUCAGCCCAGUCAGACAACAAAGGAACAUCAAAUUUGACUGUUAGUGGGCAGAUAGUCACACCAACAAAACCGAUAGAUUUCUUGUACACGACGCGCUGUGCAGAAAGUCUACAGUAACAAUUCCGGUAUUUGUAUUUCUUGUUUGAUUCUAUUGUGGUAGCGUCUUUCUUGGCCUCAACGUGUGUUGAAUAUGUGUGUGCUGUUAGGAGCAUCUUCUGCAAACGAGAACUAAAACGAAGGAGCGAGCAAUAAUAGUCUUACUAUAUAUCAACCAAUAUUGACUGGCUGUAUAAGAUCAUAUUGACUAUCUAUAAAUAGACUGUAUAAAUCAAUCAAUGUAGGCUGUAGAAAUCAUUAUCAAACUGUAAAUUUACAGACAAAUAUGAUUUUAGGUAUAAUUUUACAUGUUGAAUUAACUAUCAAACCCAACACACCUCAGAUUAUUCAAAAAAUUUCUCAAUUUAAAAAAAUUAAGUAUUAAAUAAAUGUAGGAAAAGUGAAGUAUGCUAUACAUUCUUUACAUAUACUUUACAUGCAUACGAUACAUGGUUUGGUUGCAGCCAAUAAUACAGAAUGAGGAUGUGCAUGUGUAGAGGUAUGGUUGGCAUGUGAGGGUCGCCUCGUGAUGAAUUUGAAGCUAAAGAAGAGAUCUCAUUCUAGGAACACUUUCACUUGAGAGAGGACUGCAAUUUGCCUCUGUAAUUUUUGGAAUAAGUUUAUUUCUUGUGGCAGGGUACAAGACCUACGAAACCACAAAUAUAACUCAAUGUUAACUAAUUAAGUUGUCACUAUUACAGAUAAUCGUGAAAUAUUGGAUUGGCUACGUGUAUCGAUUGGUAUCGGCUUGUAUUGGUCUAGAUUAUUAGUUAUUGGAGAAUAAGUAAAACUGUUUUAUCAGUGAAACUUUAGCAAAAAAGGUUUUUUGUACAUGUUCCAGUGCAGGCGUGUAUGUAUGUUUUGCCUUUAACAGCUAGUGCUGCAAAAAUGGUGCAGCUACACUUUUUUGUGGUGUUCUGGACAGCAACAAAUGUCCAUAUAUAUUGGUCCCUUGAAAAUCAAUGGUUCAGCGAGUGUGGUCCAUGUCAUUACACUGUACGAGUAACCAGUUCAUGUACUGUACAGUCUUUUAAUUAAUUGAUUAAUUAAAUGAAAAAUUUUACUGAAGAAAUGCUAUGCUUAAU